GUGGGACGGGACGCGAACAGAGAGGAGGAGGCGACUUGGCAUACACAAGCACAGAGGACUCUCCUCCCUUCGUUCCCCACACCCCUGUUCUUGCUAGGGAUUUGGUCGGCGCUCUCCCCUCUUGUAGGUUGUGGAAGGAGGGAGAAGCAGGUAACUGACGUCAUAGGAGGAGUUUAGUGGGCGUUGGUGAGCUCGGUCUACGCGCGGUGCGCUCCCGAGCACCCGACGACCUAUCAAACCUCCCCUGGACCGGGCUCACGUUGGGCACGUGACCUCCGCUCUCUGCCGUUCCUGUCUAUCCUUUCCCAGGACCUCGGGAAUCCAGGAUUCCAGAAAAAUCCGGUGGUCGGUGCCCAUAGACAAGUGUGUGCGCCACGAGGAGGAGGAACAAGGAAGCGAGGCCAUUCCGCGGCGGGUCAAACGAAGAGAAGCAAGCCAAGCUCCCACCUUUCGCAGAAUCCGCCCGAAAGAUUGCGCCGUUCUUCCUCCUCCUCGUUCCUUCCCUCCAGUCAGGGGCCAUGGAUGUAGAUGAUGUGCUCUGCAACCUGCGUGUUGUCGGUGUGCCAACAAAAAGUGCAAUUUACAUUUGGGGUUAUAACCACAGUGGUCAGACUGCACGAAAGGGCAAGGAGUGCCACUUGAGGAUCCCCAGGAGCCUCCCUCCCAAACUAUUCAAAUUGGGGAAUGGGAAGAGCCUCAGGUGGACUGAUAUUGCAUGUGGCCGUGAGCACACUGCUGCAGUUGCUUCCGAUGGAUCACUCUUCACCUGGGAAGGCGCAACUAAUUUAGCCCUGAGAUUUAAAUUGGCUUUGGCUUGAUGAGGAUUAGAGCAUGGGGAACUUUUUCUAUUGGAGUGCUUCAUUGACAGUGAUGAAAGGUGCUAAUGAGUUUGGCCAGUUGGGAGAUGGGACAGAGGAGAGUGCGCAGGAACCCAAGAAAGUCAAGUCACUGGAGACCGAGCUUGUAAAAUCAGUAUCCUGUGGUGCACAUUGUACAGCUGCUGUUGCUGAGCCUCGAGAAAAUGAUGGCACAUUAUCCAAAAGCAGGCUUUGGGUGUGGGGACAAAAUCAGGGUUCUGAUUAUCCUCGCCUUUUUUGGGGAGCUUUCACACCAAACACAGUGAUUAAGCAGGUUUCUUGUGGAGCUGUGCAUGUUGUGGCUCUAUCUGAGGAUGGUCUACUUCAAGCAUGGGGCUACAAUGAGUAUGGUCAGCUUGGCAGAGGUUUUACUUCUCAAGGACUUCAGGGAGCUCGUGUGUUAACUGCUUAUGCAAGGUUCCUUGACGACGCCCCUGAGCAAGUGAAGAUUGUUAGAGUGUCAUGUGGCGAGUACCAUACAGCAGCUAUAUCAGAAAAUGGGGAGGUGUAUACUUGGGGAUUAGGAAGCAUGGGGCAGCUUGGCCAUUGCUCCCUCCAGUCUGGUGAUAAGGAGCUGAUCCCUAGGCGAAUUGUUGCCCUUGAUAGAAUAGUGGUUAGUGACGUGUCUUGUGGAGGGGUCCACUCUUGUGCUGUAACUGAAGGUGGAGCUUUCUAUGCGUGGGGCGGCGGACAUGUGGGCCAGCUGGGAGUCGGGCCUCAGAGUGGCUUCUUCUCUUGCUCUCUUAAUGGAUCUGACUUGUUACUUCGCAACAUCCCAGUCACGGUCAUACCGUCAGGUGUUCGUCUUGCUACCUGUGGGCACUCACACACACUGGUAUCAAUGAAAGAUGGCCGUAUAUAUGGGUGGGGCUACAAUAGUUAUGGUCAGGCAGCAAAUGCAAAAUCUACUUAUGCUUGGUUCCCCUCUCCAGUUGAUUGGUGUGUUGGUGAGGUGAGGAGACUUGCUGCUGGAGGUGGACACUCAGCUGUUCUGACUGAUGCAUGUUCACUAAAAGAGCUGUGUGAGUUCAAGCUAGCAGAGACUGUAAACCUUUCUAAUGCUGAGCUAAUAGAAGAUGUUGCAUCACGUACUGGUGCUGAUGCCUUGGCACGCUUGUGUGAGAAACUAAGGGAGCAUGUGCAUGAACGAGGAGAAUGUGAAGUCCUGGAAAAGCAGGUUUCUGAAGAAGCAGAAGCUAAGACCGGUUAGACCACUGAUGAAUAGUUGAAGCAGUCGAGGCUGAAGCCAAUUAAACCGGUGCCAAUUCAUCUCAACCUUAAUAUCUUGACCUCUCAGUAAUGUUAUUCAGACAAUUAUUGUUAUGGUCUAUGCGAUUGUGUCUGGACUCAGAAAUUGAUUCUGAUUGAUCUGUAAACCCCCAUUUGUAUGCCUCUCAAGUGUAUCCGAGGGCCAGAGAGGCUCCAUAAGUAUCAUGAUCCAAGUCCAACAGUCAGGUCCCCGUAGAACCUAACGGAAACGUGGGUGCUUGUAUCUUGAAAGGCUUGUGCGUGCAACUGUAACAGUCAGGUUGCCAUAGAACCUAAUGGAAACAUGUGUGUGCUUGUAACUUGACAGGCUUGUGCGUGCAACUGGAAGUGUGAUAAACUGAAAUCUGUGACGAUGCUUAUGGCCUUGUGGGAAUGGCUCCUACUGUUAUUAAUCUAUAAAGAAGGAUCGAUGUUA